AAUGACUACCUGUAGACAUGAUAUUGCUGAAAGAGCUUUAUCAAAAUUAUUUAGAAAAUAUGCUGUUUUGGUAAGCAACUACACACUGCCAUUUAUCUUGGUACCGCUUGUUAUCACCGGUAUUUGCGGAGCUGGAUUGUAUAGGCUUGAGAAGGAGUCAGAUAGCGAGUAUUUGUAUACACCUCAAAACAGUUUAGCCAAAACGGAAAGAGACAAGAUAGGGAAAUUGUUUCCACAAGCAGACAGCGUUUAUGAUUCAUUACGAGCAACAUAUUUGGGCAGCUAUGCAGGGUUAAUAAUAAAUCAUAAAAACAGAGACAAUCUGUAUACUAGACAAAACAUUGAAUACAUUAUGAAAAUCAAUAAGCAAGUUAGAGCCUUCAAAACCAAAGAUGGUAAGACUAGUUAUGAUGAUGUUUGUGAAGAAAGGAAUGGAGACUGCAUGCAAAACUCAUUUUUAACUGCUAUUCUUGACGAUGAUUCCUCUAAUGUCAAUAAAUUUCCUAUAACCUAUCCAAUUUACGAAUUAGAUAUAGGCGGAGGCAACGACUCUGUCAAUAUCAACCUUUCACCAGAAAUAGGUGGAGUAACAACAAACAACAAUAGACAAAUUACAAAAAUAGAAGCUAUUGAGUUGAGAUUUUUCGUAUCUAAUUCUGAAGAUUGUAAUUGUGACGCCUGGUUAGCGAGUUUCCUAGAUAACGUUGACGGAAUAAAUCAUCCUGAUUUAAUUUUACACAAAGUUACAUCGAAUACAAUUGAAGAUGAACUAAGUAGAUCGGCCACUGCUGUAGUCAGCAAAUUUUCAAUUCUUUUUACUUUACUUAUAAGUUUCUCGAUUAUAACACAAAUAUGGUACGGUGAUUCAGUUAGGAGUAAGCCAUUCUUAGCCCUCGCCGGCGUUGCUUCGUCUGGUCUUGCUAUUGUAACUGGCUUUGGUCUGAUGUGUUGGAUUGGAGUUAAAUUUAUCGAUCUUGUUUUAACUUGCCCUUUCUUAGCUAUAAGUAUUGGUUGCGAUGAUAUGUUUGUUUUAAUUGCUGCCUGGAGAACAACAGAUCAGAAAAAAAGUACCAGCGAAAGACUAAAAUCUACAUUCGAAGAAGGAGGCGUAUCUAUUACAAUAACGGUAAACUCUACUACUAUAAGCUCAGACGCUAAUUUACUAUUUUCGCAGACUCUGACUGACGUUCUUGCCAUAACAAUUGGAACAAUAAGUUCGUUUAGAAGUGUUCAAAUCUUCUGCGGCUAUUUAGCAGUUGUCCUUUUAUUUGACUUUAUAUAUCAGAUAACCUUUUUUGCUGGUUUUAUGGUGUAUGAAGGUAGACGGGAGGAAAAAAAUGGGCACUUCCUAACGCUACGUCCAGUACUAUCUAAAUCUGAAUGCAUUGAACAGGAAAAAUCAACAUCCUAUAGUAUAUUUUGUAAGGGAGGAAUAUCGCAAGCUGAGAGGGAUUCUCAGAUCGACAAUAAUGAAAAGUUUGCAAUUGACAACAAACCUCAUUUUGCCUCUGAGUUUUUUAAGACUAAAUUUGCGCCAUUCAUUAACCAUCCCUUUGUACGAAUCAAUACAUUAAUUCUAUAUAUAGCCUACCUGGGAGGAACAAUUUACGGGUGUACAAGAGUGGAUCUUGGAAUGGAACUAUCUAGAUUAGCCCCAGAUAAUUCAUACGUUAUUUCGUAUUACGCAGAACAAAAUCGAUACUUUAAAAAGUAUUUCUAUAGUGUAAGUAUAGCCAUAGAAGAGGAAAUUGACUACUUGAAUUUGAAUAAUAUUAAGGAAAUAAAUAACGUAAGACAGAAUCUGAAGAAUUUAGAAAAUGUUCAUGAUGAAUAUUUAGGAAAUGAUUGGCUACUUGAUUUUGAACGAUUUAAAACUAAGCAUAAUAUUGUCAUAAAUUCACAAGACGCAUUAUAUAAUGUGUUGAAGAAUCAAUUUUUAAACCAACCAGCCUACCGAGCUUAUAAUUUAGAUAUUGCAUUUAGCAACAAAAGAAUACUCGCUUCAAGAUUUUGGGUUACAACCAAAGACUCUGGGCCAAGCACUACUCAAGUUGAAUUAAUGAAAGAUGCCAGAAAAAUAACUGAAAAUGCCAAACUGAAAAUGUUCUCUUUUGCCGCUUUAUAUCCAAUUAUAGAACAAUAUGUAGCUGUACUACCUAACACCCUGCAGAACAUUGGUAUAGCAACCGCGACCAUGCUUGUAAUUUCCUUAGUACUAAUUCCCGAUGUAUUCACAAUUAUAUGGGUUACCCUUUCUAUUGCAUCGAUUUGUGCUGGAGUUAUUGGUUUCAUGGCAUUUUGGUCUGUGAAUAUUGACACAAUAUCGAUGAUUAACCUGGUUAUGUGCAUAGGAUUUUCGGUUGAUUUUACGGCUCAUACCUCAUACGCUUUUGUGAAAUCGUCAGGAGAAACAAAUUUGGAGAAGAUGCAACACGCAUUUGAAAAAAUUGCUUUUCCAGUUCUGCUUGGGGGUCUUUCUACAAUCUUAGGACUCAUGGGAAUGGCAGCAACAAAUGUCUAUAUAUUCCGAGUGUUUUUUAAAACAAUGCUUUUAGUUAUGCUAUUCGGUUUAUUACAUGGACUACUUUUCCUACCAACCAUAAUGAUAACACUUAAUGGAUUGUGCAAAAAGAGAGGUAGAAGUCCCCGAGUAUCUAACUCGGAAAUUAAAGCUUGA